UAUGAAAGAACUUGCAUGUCUUUGCAGCCCCAGAAAUGCGCAGAGCUUUGUGCCAACGACAUCACUUGUACAAGCUCGUGCUGCGGUCAUUGUAUUGAAACUUACGUAUACGUAGACCACGAACGGUUCCGGUACGCGUGGACUGACAUGAAGGUACUCGUUCCUCCUAUUACUCUGCAAGAUCCCUCGGAGAUAUUUCGUCCCGAGAAGGUGAUAAAAGAAUGCGGAUGGCAGUUCAGAAAAUACAGUUCCGACUCAGAAGAUGCCAGACAAAAGACGGUUUAUGAAACUUACCUACAGAUGCAUACACACCAAACAGUGGACUUUGUAAAUAGCAAGAUCGCUGAAUGGACAAAGUUCGACAAGUUCAAGUGUGGUAUUUUGGAUGCGCUGGACAAGUUGAACUCGUUUGUGGAUGACAGCGACCCGGACAUAGCGCUGCCCAACUCCAUCCACGCAUACCAGACGGCUGAGCGCAUCCGUGCGCACCAUCCCGACAAGGACUGGAUGCAACUCACCGGCCUCAUCCAUGACCUGGGGAAGGUGAUGGCCCUGUACGGGGAGCCGCAGUGGGCCGUCGUCGGGGACACUUACCCCGUAGGCUGCUCGGCCGCCCCCUCGGUGGUCCUGCGGGACUCAACAUUCCGCGACAACUCCGACGCUAAAAACCCGCUCUACAACACGACACUCGGCAUGUACAAGGAAGGUUGCGGGCUGGACUCCAUCCUCAUGUCCUGGGGCCACGACGAAUAUAUGUACCAGGUCCUGAAGCAUAACAAGAGCACGCUGCCCCAGAUCGCGCUCGACAUGAUAAGCAAGUUCGACUUGUACACCAAGAAGGAAGUCGUUCCUGACGUUGAAGCUCUCAAGCCUUACUACCAGCGCCUGGUUGAUAAAUAUUGUCCCGGAGACAUCGAAUUUUGAAAACAUAAAGGAAAUUUUAAGAAUUCAAUGGGUUAAUUAGUAAAGGAAAUUUCCAGAGCGAAAUUCCAUCGUGAUUAGGCCAAAUUUAUUUGAGUUCGCGACACUUUAGGAGUCCAUCAAUAAAGUUCAUAUAUAUUUGUAACUUUGAAAUUGUCGGUGGAACCUCAUCAAACUUUAAUAAAAUGAUAGCCAGUAUCCUAACUAUCGAGUUUAUUUUUUAUUGUUAUUAGUGUUUUAUGGAAAAUCUUGGAGAGUCGCGAUCAGUGCUGUCGAGACUUGCCUAGCGUUGUCGAGAUUUGCCUAGCGUUGUCGAGACUUGCCUAGCGUUGUUGAGACUUGCCUAGCGUUGUCGAGAUUUGCCUAGCGUUGUCGAGACUUGCCUAGCGUUGUCGAGACUUGCCUAGCGUUGUCGAGACUUGCCUAGCGUUGUCGAGACUUGCCUAGCGUUGUCGAGACUUGCCUAGCGUUGUCGAGAUUUGCCUAGCGAUGUUGAGACUUGCCUAGCGUUGUCUAGACUCGUCUAGUGUUGUCGAGACUCGCCUAGCGUUGUCGAAACUCGCCUAGCGUUGUCGAGACUUGCCUAGCGUUGUCUAGACUCGUCUAGCGUUGUCGAGACUUGCCUAGCGUUGUCGAGACUUGCCUAGCGUUGUCGAGACUUGCCAAGCGUUGUCGAGACUUGCCUAGCGUUGUCGAGACUUGCCUAGCGUUGUCGAGACUUGCCUAGCGUUGUCGAGACUUGCCUAGCGUUGUCGAGACUUGCCUAGCGUUGUCGACGACAGGAUGGUGCAAAAUUUUAGUUUAGUUUAGAUAAGAUGCAUAUGAUGCAAAUGUUGUGUAAUAGGAUUCAUUUAUGAAAAAUUCAUAUUACAUCGCAAUUUUGGUACUACUGCUAGGCCCUAAACUGAGCCUGCUAUGUAUUUGACUUUGAGGAUGGUGAAGAAUAAAUUUUUUCAUAUGUUAUCAUCCACUGGAAUGAGUCACGGGUAAUUCUAGAUACGGUGAAUAAAUCUGGAUAACAGUCCUAGUAUCCAUGCCAUGCACAACACAUGCAGUUAUUCCUAAUAGAUCAUGAUCUUGUACGCUUAAGAAUGUUAUAAAUGAUAUAAUUUCUGUGAGAUGAACGUUUACAAUUGUCCAAUGGAUGCACUAAAUAAGAUUAUUGCAAAUGUUUAAUACCAAAAUAUCAUCUCAGUUGCUGGCUUGGCAAGCUUAACUCCCGGACGAUGAUCAACUAAAUGUAAAUAACAAAUAGGGGUACGAGGACGAAGUUAAAACUCC